GCCAUUAUGAGUCCAGCAAAAAAAUUGGGGGACUCAUAGUUAGCUAGAUUAAUGCCUACCGUCCACCUCCUCGACUAUGUCGCAGGAAACGUUCGUUCACUAGUCAAUGCAAUUGAGAAGGUCGGCUACACAGUAGUAUGGGUCAGGUCGCCCGCUGAUGUCCCUUCUGCAGAGAAACUCAUCAUCCCCGGAGUCGGCCACUUCGGCCACUGCCUAUCGCAGCUCGAAAACGCAGGCUAUGUCGAGCCGAUCCGCGCACACAUCAAAGCCGGCAAGCCCUUCAUGGGAAUCUGCGUGGGGCUCCAGGCUCUAUUCGAAGGCUCGGAAGAGGACCCCGAUGUCAAAGGUCUGGGCGUGAUCCCCUCACGGCUGCAGAAAUUCAAGGACACGGACAAGAGCGUGCCUCACAUCGGAUGGAACUCUGCGAACACGUCACGGACGGGCGAGGUCACCGAUGAGUCACUGUACGGACUACGUCCGAGCUCGAAGUACUACUACGUACACUCAUAUGCGGCGCUGUACAAGGAGGGGGAAUUGGAGAAGGAUGGCUGGACUGUUGCUACUGCGAGGUACGGGGAUGAGGAGUUCAUCGGCGCAGUGGAGAAGAACAAUGUCUUCGCGACGCAGUUCCAUCCUGAGAAGAGCGGCGCCGCAGGUCUCAGGGUCUUAAAGGCCUUCCUCGAGGGCAAGAGGAGCCAGCCGUUGCCAGAGAAGCCAUCGGCCGCGUCGACGAAAGAAGGUCUCACAAGGAGGGUGAUCGCGUGCUUGGACGUCCGGACAAACGACUCGGGAGAUCUCGUCGUCACGAAAGGCGAUCAGUACGAUGUGCGUGAGAAGGACGGCGUGUCGGCCGGCGGUGCGGUGCGGAAUCUAGGCAAGCCAGUGGAGAUGGCGAAGAAGUACUACGAGCAGGGCGCGGAUGAGGUCACCUUCUUGAACAUCACUUCGUUCCGCAACUCCCCCGUCGCAGACACACCCAUGCUUGAAAUCCUCAGGAGAACCAGCGAGACCGUCUUCGUCCCGCUGACCAUCGGUGGAGGAAUCCGCGACACAAUCGACACGGACGGUACUAAGAUCUCGGCCCUGGAUGUCGCGAAGCUGUACUUCAAAUCCGGCGCCGAUAAAGUCAGCAUUGGAUCUGACGCCGUGACUGCAGCCGAGGAGUACUACGCUCGGGGGAAGACGCUAUCACGCACAACAGCCAUCGAGACCAUCUCCUCCGCAUACGGUAACCAGGCUGUCGUCGUCAGCGUCGACCCGAAACGCGUCUAUGUCAGCUCACCAGACGCAACACCACACCACACGAUCAAGACAGCGACGAAAGGACCAAACGGCGAGGAGUACUGCUGGUACCAAUGCACGAUCAAGGGCGGCCGCGAGGGAAGGGACUUCGACGUUCGACAGCUCGUCACUGCUGUUGAGGCUAUGGGCGCGGGAGAGAUUCUAUUGAACUGCAUAGACAAGGAUGGCACGAAUAGCGGGUUUGAUCUCGAGCUCAUUAAUGAUGUGAAGGCUGCCAUAAGCAUUCCUGUGAUUGCAAGCAGUGGAGCUGGAAACCCGGCGCACUUUGAUGAGGUUUUCGAUAAGACGACCACGGACGCCGCGCUCGGCGCUGGCAUGUUCCACCGUGGAGAGUACACUGUCAAGCAGGUUAAGGAUCACCUACAAGAACAGGGACAAUUGGUCCGACAGUUCGAGGAGGCAGUCUAAUGAAAGUAUAAAUGAUAGAUGGCUGUUUAGACCAAUAUGAAAAUACAAUAUCAUGAUAUCCCCAAACAAGUAUGCCACGUAAUUUUUGUGUC